UUAACAGGUAACCAAAGGCUGAUUCUACAUGCAAGUUUUAAUCCUAACUGGUUCUAAUGGACUUUUUCAGCAGAGGACAAACAUGGGCGAUUUAAUAUUAUUUGCAUUCAUUCUAAUAUUAUUGUUUUUCUCACCAAAAAAAAAAAAAACAAUUACUGGAUAGAUUUGAAAAAGGUACAAUAUAUAUAUGAAAAUGAUACAAAUAUAUAUAUAAAAAAUAACUAAAUUUAGCUCUUGUUCAGUGAAUUAGCUGGUGUGGAUAUGGUAAUGUAUUUCACAAAAAAAAAUAAUAAAAAAAUAAGAGAGAGUUGAUUACAUCCCUUACCUUUUUUCAGAUCUUUAUUAGAUGUCAAACCCAAAAUGAUAGGUUUGAUGUUUAGUUAAAAUUAGCUCUGAUUUUCUGAAGCAGACUGACCCACAGAGCUGUACGGGACGGACUCGGCUAUAAGUGACACACAUCCGUUCAGCUAAGGAAGAAAGACAGAGAGGUAUCGUCUCACAGCUCACAGAUUGAACCAAUGAAACUGGGGAAAUCGAAAUAAUCGCGUCAAAUCGAGGACGUACAUGUCUGCAAGAACAGGAGUGAUGAGUUUUUCGUAGAAGACCAUCUUCACCAUCUUACCCAUGCGGAAGACUGAACACCAAGAAAAUAUGAGGGCAGUGCUUGAGUGAGGUAUCAGAGAGUGCCAGUAAUGUGCCAUGGGGUACGACGUCACCAGGUUCCAAGGGGAGGUGGAUGAGGAUCUGCUUUGUCCUAUUUGCAGUGGAGUGCUGGAGGAGCCUGUGCAGGCCCCACAUUGUGAGCAUGCCUUCUGUAAUGCCUGCAUCACACAGUGGUUUGCGCAGCAGCAGAUUUGCCCGGUGGACCGCACUGUGGUGACGCUUGCCCACCUCCGACCUGUGCCCCGCAUCAUGCGAAACAUGCUGUCUAAGCUGCAGAUCUCAUGUGAUAACGCGGGUUUCGGCUGCACCGCUACACUGCGUCUCGACCAGCUGCAGUCGCACCUCAAAGACUGCGAACACAACCCCAAACGGCCCGUUACCUGCGAGGAGGGCUGUGGGCUCGAGAUGCCCAAAGAUGAGAUGCCAAACCACAACUGCAUCAAACACCUACGAAGUGUUGUUCAGCAGCAGCAGACUAAGAUUGCAGAUCUGGAGAAGACUGCAGCUGAACACAAGCACCAGCUUGCUGAGCAGAAACGGGACAUCCAGCUCCUCAAGGCAUACAUGAGGGCUAUCCGCAGUGCAAACCCUAAUCUACAGAAUCUGGAGGAGAGCAUAGAAUACAAUGAGAUCUUGGAGUGGGUGAACUCCCUGCAGCCUGCCCGGGUGACACGCUGGGGCGGCAUGAUCUCCACACCUGACGCCGUCCUCCAGGCAGUGAUCAAACGUUCCCUCAUUGACAGCGGCUGCCCACUGUCCAUCGUCAACGACCUCAUUGAAAAUGCCCAUGAGCGCAACUGGCCACAGGGUCUGGCCACGCUGGAGACGCGGCAGAUGAAUCGCCGCUAUUAUGAGAACUACGUGGCCAAACGCAUCCCAGGAAAGCAGGCGGUGGUAGUCAUGGCCUGUGAGAACCAGCACAUGGGUGAGGAUAUGAUCCUGGAGCCAGGAUUGGUAAUGAUCUUUGCUCAUGGAGUGGAGGAGAUCUUAUAGUGGGUACUACAGGAAUGCAAAGGGUUGAUGAAUUUGGGCAGUACUGACUGGAUAAAGGGGUUUUACUGUGAGUCAUUGUCCCCUCUUAAAAAAAACAAAAAAAACAAAUCCUAAUUCAGAUCCAG